CUCUGCGCAUGCUCCAGAUGGAGCUGCGGGAUUUGGGACCUGUCUGCGGGCUCGGAAGAUGGCGCCCGCCUUCCUGGUGCUGGUGGCACCACCUUGGCAGGCAGCUCGGGCAGUGCUACGGAGCUGUUGGCAACGGUUGCGGCCGAAACUUCCGCAGGAUUGGCCGGGCGAGCCCAGCCCGCCGUGGGAACCAGCAUUAGCAGUCCAAAGUCUGUCUAUAAAUACAGAACCAGCAAAUGAUACCAGUGGAAAUAAAGAGAUUUCCAGCCUUUUGGAUAGUAUCUUUUGGAUGGCAGCUCCCAAGAAUAGGCGCAGCAUUGAAAGGAACCGGUGCAGAAGAAGAAAUCCUCAGAAGCUUAUCAAGAUUAAGAACAAUAUAGACACGUGUCCUGAAUGUGGCCAUCUGAAACAGAAACACGUCCUUUGUGGCUACUGCUAUGCGAAGGUACAGAAGGAGACUGCAGAAAUCAGAAGACAGAUAGGAAAACAAGAAGGGGGUCCCUUUAAAGCACCUGCGUUAGAGACUGUGGUGUUGUACAUGGGAGAGACACCAUCUGAACAAGAUAAGCACAAGAGGAUCAUUGAAAGAGAGAGGAAGAGACCAUCCUGGUUCACUCAGAACUGAUAACUAAAGAAUAUGACUUCACAUGAAUGAGAGGAAGAUUCAUUUUUAUAAAGUGCAUAAUCUAUAUAGUUUAAAAUAUUAACAGUUUUUGUCUGGCUAAUUAAAAGAAUUUAUUAUGAAUCAACUCUGAAAUGUAUGCUAAUAUAAAAUCUCAAUGGAUUAAUGUCUAUUUGUCAGUAAGGUUUUAAGUAAACAAAAUUUCUAGGACAAAAAAAAA